AAUAAUUGCGAACCCUUUCUCAGUAUCUGAUUCGCGUAAGCGGUUUCUUCCAUAAAAUAAAUAAGAAGCUUGGAAACAUUCUCCCAGUUUACGCAAGUCCAAAGGUGAAGUACCUCUUUUAAUGACUUUUUAAUGUGCUAAACGAACCUCACAAAACUCUCAGUUUCAGAUUUGUCAUUGAAAGAACCUUUUAAUCUGCUUUCCAAACAAAACUCUAUUAUUUGUAUUUGUUGUAACGUUGUAAGCUAUAAUUGUAGACUAAUAGUUGAUUCCAGCUCAAACAUCAUCUUUAUAACGAUUCCCAAUUCAAAACUGGAAUUGUAGGGGUUAUUUCAAUAUUUUUUAAGAAACAAAUGUGGAAAGUGUAUGAGCACAAGAGUGUAUUAAGACUAAUUGAAAUUGAAUUGAUCAGAGUAAAAUUAUUUUUAUGUAUAGUUAGACUAUUAGUGAAGUGAAGAAAAAUUGUUGUCAUUUCCAAAUUGGAGCUAAUAAGUUUUUUAUAGAAAAAUGGAAAAAAGUGCAUUACGACGAAGCUGUGAAAUUUCGUAAAGAUGGAGUGUAAACUGACCUUCAAAUAAGAAAUUAUUUAUUAUUAGUUACAUAAAUUAGGCACUUUAUUUGACUAAUAAUACAAUUUUUACGGAUAGUUGAAUUGUGAUUUUGUCAAAUGUCAAAGAACUCACACGAUGAAGAAAAAGAAUUCGAAAGCCUUAUCAGAGGCCUUGAAAAAGCUAACAUCAAAUUUUACAAAUUUUCAAUGCUUGUCCUCUAUCCAGGCGGACCCUGGAUGUACUACAACUACAUUAUACUAUUUGUAUUCGAAAUAGUGUCCGCCUACUUCCUAAUAACCGGUGUGAUAACAAUUUAUCUACAAAAGAACGACAUAUUUGUAACGUUCGAAGUGGCCAACGCUUUCCUAAUAUUUUUUGCAGUUUUUGUGAGUAUUGCCGAUUUCCAUGGAACUGGUAGGAAACGACGUUUAUGGGGAAAAUUGUUCGUCUAUUUUGAAGACGAAUGUCAGGAUUACGAUAGUGAGUUGAUCAAAAAAGAAAAGAAGAGAUUAAGAAUGGUUUGUAGGACUAAUAUGAAAUGGUUCUUCAUCUUCUCCACACCCUGUAUUUUUUCCAAUAUUUUUUUCAUUUUUGUCGUUAUUCCGAUUAUACGUUUUAUGAUAGGCGAAGAACAGACAUCUAGUGAUACGGCCUACAAUGUUUACUUACCGAUGCCUUUCUGGUCUGUUUUCAAUACUAGAACAUUCCUAGGAUUUUCUAUACAAUAUAUGUUGAUGCUUUUCAUGGUGUGUGAUAUAUUCGCCAUGUUUCUUGUGUAUGUUUCGAGUGUCUUCUACUUUUUCAUGGAAAUAAUUAUUCAGCUAAAGAUAUUGAGUUUUGCAUUAAGCAAACAUGACGAGAGAGUUAUGACUCUUAGUGAAGCAAAUGCAAAAGCUACCGAACUAGAUGAAUGUGUGGACAGUGGUGACAAUUUAAAAACUAAAAUCUUGAAAGAACCGAUUAUUCAUCAUUUGAAGAUCAGGGAGUUCUUCAACAUGUUUCAGGAGUUCAGUUCUUUCUUCUUCGGCCUGGUGAUUAGUGUCAACAUGCUAGUCAUCGUUUCACUGUCUGUCAUUAUUACUAAAAUGGAUUCUCUUCUUACUCUGGAAGGUUUAAAAUUCUGCUCCGUUUUAAUUCUGGAGAUACUGCACAUGUUUUGCUUCACCUACUGUGGAUCAGCGCUAAUUGAAGAGAGUCAAAAUGUGAGAAAAUCGCUGUACAAUAUCCACUGGUACAACUUUAACUCUAACCAGAAGAAAAUUGUCAACAUCUUUCAAAUGCAAACUGCCGCUAAAUUCCUGCUAACCGCUUCUGGAAUCUAUGGCAUUAAUCUCAAUACAUUUUUACAGGUUAUGCAAACUGCUUACUCAAUAAUCAACGUUCUGAGUAACAUGAAAACAUGAGAAAUCAAGCCGAAUUUAUUGUUCAAAGAUGAGAGAAAAUAUGAUGGAUUAGUCCGUAUAUAGUUUUAUUUGUUUGGUAAAUAGGUAACAUGAGAUAUUCUGGAUGUUAUAUAUAUAUGUAUAUAUAUAUACGCAUAGUAACUUAUAGAUAAGUGAAGCCGAUAAUAGACAAGAAUGCAGGCAAUGACUCUUCUAAUUUUGUUAAAUCAUUUUUAGUGUACUGAAAGUCUUCAAUAAUAAAAUAUCUUUGACAGAC